AUGAAGAUUGUAUUUGAACAGCCUGGUGUUUUCGCUGUAAGACAAGAAAGCGAUAUGAAAAGGGCAUGGAACAACGGGUUCUUUGGCAAGGGCACUCUUUCACGACUGGAGCCGACGUUCAAGACCAGAGUGUUGGGUGAAACCACAGGGUCGAGCGAGGCAGUAACGAGCGAAAGAAGGCGCCAGAGGCGUAUCUUUAAGGAAUUGCGGGCGCAGCAUCAGCGGUAUGAGGUUGAGGAGCGAAAGAGGGAAUUGAGCUCAGAGGAGAAGCAGCAAUGGGAAGAGAUAAAGAAGAAGAUGGCUGAGGCGAGUGAAGUAGCAUUCACUAAGGCAGCCAAAGGGGACAUGAAAGAGGCUGCUGAAGAACAAGAUGUCAACUUGCACACGCUAGUGGAUCUUGAGUUUCUCCAGCUCGAGGCUGUCGAGGCAUUUUUCUUGACAUUUGCAUUGGAAGCUGCAGAAGUGAGCGUUGGUGAAGAGGUACUCAAAGAGUUGGCGACAUUAAAACUUGCUGCUGAUGCUUUUUGUGGUUCUACUAUCACUAGCAACGAAAAUCUUCCGAACUUGGAUCGUUUAGGUGAGUUUCUCAGGAACUAUGUGGUAUAUCAUCACUACCGAAGCCUUGGGUGGUGUGUUCGUAACGGCAUCAAGUUUGGCUGCUCAUUUCUCUUGUACAAGCGAGGCCCUCCGUUUCACCACGCAGAAUUUGGCGUUCUUGUGUUGAAAACAGAGCACAAUAAGCUGUGGGAAGAUACCUUGGCUGUGGCCCGAGUGAUUGGAGGCGUGAGGAAGACACUCAUAUUCGUGUACGUAGAGGAACCCUCUGAGGAACAGUUGCAAGAAGUAUGGGAGUCAAGGGACUCGCCCAGGCGGAUAGUGUUACGUCUUUUACAGCUCUACAAGGUGUGUGAAGUUGUCUAUAAGCGCUGGAGCCCUAGCCGGACUAGGGAGUGA